GUUCUAUUCAUUAGCCGCUCCGACCCUCUCGCCUCAGCACCCCCUCCCCCGCGGAGCAAACGAAACGCUUUAUCAUGAAAGCGAUUUAAUUAGCUUUAUUUAUGUAAUAUCAGUCUAAGAAUCCGUAUUGGAAUGCGACUAGUAAACCGGAAGCCAGACUCUUUGCGUGUGCAAUAGCCAAUAUCGCACGAGCAGUCAUGUUUCUCCUGCACCCGCUGCUGCAGAUUUCUGUGCUGCUGGAUUCCACACUGUGGCUGACUGUCUCCGCCAGCCCUACCGACGAUAACGUACUGCGGGCUGGACACGGAGAACACGGGGAGCCGGGGCACGAGGAACCCCAUAAGGAUUCGUACAGCACGUUCGCCUCAGAGUUCCUCGAGUCCAGAUACCUUUCAGACGAAGGUUACCCAUUCCCAACUGCACCUCCUGUGGAUCCAUUUGCUCGAAUCAAAGUAAGCGACUGCGGAAUAACCAAAGGAUGCAUCAGAUAUGGGAAGCCAGGCUGUGAUGCAGAGUCCUGCGACUACUUCCUGAGUUACAGACGCAUUGGCACAGAUGUGGAAUUUGAAAUGAGUGCAGACACCGAUGGCUGGGUCGCUGUUGGUUUCUCCUCUGACAAAAAAAUGGGUGGUGAUGAUGUCAUGGGCUGUGUCCAUGAUGAUAAUGGUCGUGUACGGAUCCAUCAUUUCUAUAAUGUAGGCCAGUGGGCCAAAGAAAUCAAACGCAACCCAGCGCGAGACGAGGAGGGAAUCUUUGAAAACAACAGGGUCACGUGCCGCUUCAAGCGUCCUCUUCAUGUCGCACGAGAGGAGACCCUGGUUGACCUGCACCUUAGUUGGUACUAUCUGUGCUGGGGACCUGCUAUUCAAGGUUCCAUCACAAGGCAUGACACUGACUCCCCACCGGUAUCAGAUCGCAUGAUUAGCAUCUAUAAAUACGAGGACAUUUUCAUGCCUGCCACAGCCUAUCAGACAUUCUCCUCUCCCUUUUGCCUCCUCCUCAUCGUUGCUCUUACCUUCUAUCUGCUGAUGGGCACACCAUAACCACCACAAAACAGUAAUGUUUUUGAGAAAGUGAUCUGUGGAGCCAGUAUUAGCACAACUAUGUGCCAUCAUUAACAGUAUUACAAAUGGGCAGCAAUAAACAGGGAGGCUUAUGAUUAAUAUUCAGCUUCAUACAGCAGUGUUAUAUUUAAAACAGAGGGAGAGUCAUCUGUACACUUUAACAAUUUUAUUUUAAAACAAAAAUGUAGUAACCCAGAUUGGUAUGCUAUGCCAUUGUAGGCACUGCUGUCUACAGUACUUAAAGUAAUCUGAGCCAAACUAUUGUUAUUAUUCAGUAUGCUUACUAUGGCACAUAUCAUUACACUCUACCCACUACACAGAGUUGAAUUGCUUCCUAUUUAAUUUAUCUGCUUUUUAAAGUAGAUUUAUUAUAUACAAAUCUCAGUAGAGGAGCUCAUGCUGUUUGUCAAAUGUUGCCUGCGUUUCAGUAUUACUUACCAGCAUAUUAUAGUUCUGAUUAACAUUAAGAUUUUCAGACUGAAAAUUUCACUGAUUAUUAUUGUCUGUGACUGAUUCUACAGACUGCUGCAGUAUGUAACUGAUCCACAGCACAAUCACGCACAUAGUGUUCAUAUAACACCAUUGCAUUCUGUUUAGAGUAAACUUAUCACAGCAUUACCAGUAUUUGAUUCAAUAUUGCUCAAUAUUUAAUGAUGCAUGCCAGCAAACCAGCCUCAUCUGAGCCAAUAAGAUGAUUUAGACCAGUGUUCCCUUUCUUGAAAUGAGCCAAUUUAGAGGUCAACUUGUCUACAUACAGUACCAAGGAUUAAAGACUUUCUGUACCAGGGACUUCAGCCUAUUGGAAAAAUUAAAACAUGAAUUAAGGAUUUACUGCUGCCAUAUGUAUGUAAGGAUUUUUGAAAAAAAAGUUAUUUCCCUGAGGUAAAGUACAAUUCUCUUUAAUGAAUGCUGGUUAGAUAAUCAUAAUGUACAAUUAUUUGUGAAUACAGACAUUGUAUGCAGUACUAAUAUUCAUAGAAAAAAAUGUCAAUGUUAUAUUUUAAUAUAUUUUCACAUGAUGACAUUAUUAUGUCAGUGUUAGGGGAUAUGCAAUAAUGAGUGUGCAUACAAAGAAGUGAGUACUUGAAAAAGCUAUUCCUACAUCAUUAGCAGCUAGUUUACUGUGAAUUCUUACCCAGACUAGGAAGCAAAGAUGCCUUUGUUGUACGAUCCCAUAUGGUGGCGCUGAACACCAUAAAACACUCAUUGCGGUUUAUAAUAAAGCGCUGAAUGACUCAGAUCUGAA